AUGUUAUCAGAGGCACGUGAUCAGAGUGAAAAAUUUGAGGUUUUGAAUGGGAAAGAGCUCAAUAAGAUUAAAUUUUUCGGUAAAAUCUCGAAUAAUUUGAGCAGUGGGAUCAUUGGGUUGGCGAAUGUUGGCAAGUCCAGUUUUUUUCAAAAUAUUACCAGAAGCAAAUUGGGAAAUCCUGGGAAUUAUCCAUUUGCUACAAUAAAACCCGAAGAGAGUCGGGUAUUGGUGCCAUCAAAACGGUUAAAUGUGUUGAGUGAAAUAUAUAAGUCAAAGAAGAAGAUUGGGGCCUUUUUGAAUGUUAUCGACAUUGCUGGGUUGACCAAAGGAGCAUCUAAGGGAGAAGGGCUAGGAAAUCAGUUUUUGAAUGAUAUCAAGAAUGUUGAUGGGAUAUUUCAAAUGGUUCGGGGGUUUAAUAAGAAAGAGAUUGUGCAUAUUGAAGGCGAUGUUAAUCCUGUGAGAGACUUAGAGAUUGUAUUUGAUGAAUUGAUAUUAAAAGAUAUGGAGUAUCUUGAGAAUCAUUUAGUUAAAAUGGAGAAGAAGAAGAAAGGCGAAGGAAAGAACAGUGGAGUGGUUAAAGAGAUUGAAGUUGUCAAAAAGGCAUUAGAAUCAUGUCUUUACAAGAAUAUUCGGAUUAUGAAUUUUGAUUGGAGCAACGAUGAGAUUGAGGUUUUGAAUCAAUUCAAUCUCUUGACUUCAAAGCCUGUUGUGUAUUUGCUUAAUGUGUCAAAGGAGGAUUAUUUGAGCAACAGAAACGAGUAUUAUGAGGAUGUUAAAAAAUGGAUAUCAGCAAAUUCAGCAAAUGACGAGUUGAUUAUGUUUUCAUCGGAAUACGAAAGCGAACUCAACGAGAGAGCUGAAGCUGAGGGCGAGCUCCAGAAAGAAAUGGAAGAAUACGAAGAACCUUCGGAUAAGGACGAGAAGUACGACGGGAGCGUUUUGCCGAAGAUUAUCAAGACGAUGCGACGCAGGCUCCGGUUGAUCAGCUUCUUCACCUGCGGACCUGUCGAAGCACGGGAGUGGACGAUCCGCAAAGGUACGACAGCGCCGGAGGCAGCCGGAGUGAUUCAUACGGAUCUUCAGAACAACUUUAUCUGCGCCGAAGUGCUGGCGUACGGGGACGUUGCGUGCGAGCUUCCGAACGCAACCAAGUUCGAUUCGUCCAAGCUAGCCAAGACCGGCCGUGUUGCGCGUGUGGGCAGCUCGUACACGGUGCGGGACGGCGAUGUUGUCUUGAUAAAGGCGGGUAAUAUGCGCGCUCGUUAGGGGGUCUGCGCUGCCGGGGUCUGCACUGUAACGUGGUGCCACAAACCAGGGGGGAGGGACGGCAGUGACGUCUUUUUCUGGGAUGGGUCUUUUUUUAUC